GAAUCACGCUCUAAGAAAUCGCGUGGGCAGAGGUAAGGUCGUCCCUAAGUGACUCAUCUGCCUGAUCUGUUCUGCUGCAAGAUAAGCAAAUCCCCACUUACUGAAUACGAGGGAAACCAUCUCGAUAUCUCCUCUAUUUAAUGCAAUCGCCGGCUUCCUCUUCAGCCACCGCCACCGUUGAUUCAAGCAUGGGUGAUAACACCUCCAGCCACCGUUACACCUCCCCCAGAUCCACCUCUCUCACCACCGCCAAUCUCAACCCCCAUAGCCCUCUCUUUGGUGAAGGCGACGAAAUUGACUGCGACUCAAACGACGGAGAUCCGGCGGUUUGGGCCGCCUUCACCCAAAAUUUCCGCCAAGUCCAAUCGGUGCUGGACCGGAACAGAGCCCUGAUUCAGCAGGUGAACGAGAACCACCAGUCGAAAGUCCACGACAAUCUGGUGAAGAACGUGACCUUGAUUCAGGAACUCAAUGGGAAUAUCUCCAAGGUCGUUUCGCUUUACUCGGAUCUGUCGUCUAAUUUUUCCAACGUUGUUCAGCAGCGGAACGGCUCCUCCGGCGACGCCAAGAGCAACUCCUCGCGGAAGAAGUGAUGAAAGAACGUGAUUGAAAUUCGCAAGUGAAGUUCAGUUACUCUGUCAUCGCUUUCCUGUUUCGAUGUUUGUUAUUUGGAAUACGAUGUUCGUGCUAAAUCGCUAGUAUAUAUCAGCUCCUGUUUUGCAUCUUCCAAAUAAAGAUCAACUCAUUUUUAAUCA